AAAACACAUAAAAUCUGACUUCACUUUUUGAAUUUAAGGAAAGUAUUUGCACUUAUAUUUAUUUAUUUUUGCUCAGAUACAAUGUGGAUGACAGUCAUCUUCUUCUUMCUCUCCCUCACCGAUUGCACCGUCUCAUGCCCCAGCAGCUGCGAGUGCGGCGACGAUGGUUAUGUUAAUUGUACAGGUGACGCUAUCAGAGCCAUGCCAAAGAAGCUGCCACUACAAACCUUCACCCUGAAUCUCACCCACACAGGCAUGGACAUUAUAACUGAGCGGAGUCUCGCCGAGCAGGUCUACCUGCUGCGUUUCUGCUUGACUAACAGCCACCUGCACACCAUCCAUCCCCGCGCCUUCCACGURGCUCCUCAGCUCAAGAGUGUCAAGCUGUCCUCCAACGACCUCUCUGUUCUCCCUGCUCAAGUGUUCAGCGCUCUUACAUCUGUGAACGAGAUUUUCUUGGAUCAGAACAAGUUGGAGACGAUUGCUCCGGAUCUGUUCAAGGGGCUCGAUGGGUUGCAUAUUCUGGACCUGAACCAAAACAAAAUCUCCAACCUAUCUGAUGUUUUUGAGGGACUGACCAAUCUCUCCUAUCUGAACCUUGCCAAGAACAAAAUAAAGACGCUUCCAUCGACUGUCUUUCACUCCCUGACCAAGCUUCGCAUACUUGAGUUGUACAGCAACCAGAUAGAGGAGUUGGAGGCGGGGGUCUUUGAUAAACUUGUCAGCCUUGAAAAGCUAAGUCUCUAUCAAAACAAGAUUGCGAGCCUUCCACCUAGAGUGUUCUGGUCACUUGGGAACCUGAUGUCCCUAACUCUGUCCUCCAACAAGCUUGGUGGAGUCCCACCUAAGACGUUCUACAACAUGCCUAAGCUUAUCAAGCUCACCAUUUACAAAAACCCUUUGGUGUCUUUGCCAGACGAGCUGAUGGGUCACAUGCCAGACAUGAAAGAGUUUUAUCUGUAUUCCACCAACCUCAUCACUGUUCCUGGAAAUUUGUUUGCGAACAUGUCUGGUCUGCUGCAGCUGAACUUGCAUUUAAACACGGAGCUGAGGCAGCUGCCGGCAGAUCUGUUUUGUUGCCUGCCCAAACUUCUAAAGCUCUCGUUGAGAUCCAACCACCUUGAUCAUCUUCACCCUCAACUUUUUUCCAAACUCACCACUCUGGGCAUACUGCUCCUCAAUGGCAAUAGCCUAAAGACCCUACCUGAAGACAUCUUCCGGAACCUUAAAGGACUCGAGACACUUGAUUUGAAAACCAACCACCUGAAGACGCUUUCAGGAGACAUUUUCUUGUCAAACACGGUCCUGAAACAUCUCAACAUGAGUGAAAAUCCCUGGGAUUGUUCUUGCRAUAUCAGAGGGAUUGUGAGAUGGAUAAAAGAAAACGAGAACAUUGUUUACGACAAAAAUCUUGUGAUGUGUUCGAGUCCUUUCUAUCAGAUGUUGCGCAAACUUAACACUCUGAGCGACGAUGAUUUUUACYACUGCGAUAUAAAAAGUACCUCGACUGUUCGUUCGACACCAGUUGUGGCAACGGAACAAACACAACCGUUGCGUGUCACUUCAGUCCCCCCACUGGUGAUCUCAACCACCUCAGCCACAACAUACUCAGCCACAACUCCACCUAACAAAGCUCACAUCACCUCACCUGUUUUUCAUGAUAUGUUGGUGGUCAGAGAAGGUCCUGAGUAUGUUCAUCACAAUUAUCACAACAACUGGGUGUAUGUGUGGUUUCUACCGUCCAACAGGAGUUUGCUCAKAUUCCUCAUGGUUUGUUACAUUCUCCUCUUGGCUAUAGGCUUGUUGCUCAUAGUUGCUGCCAUAUACGGCAUGUAUUGCCUCAGCACAAGCAUGGAGAAGCUGAAGGCUCAGUGUGUACAUGAUGUUGAGUGCUGCAGCAGGAAGGGUGUUGUUCAUAAAAGACCACCGCUCCAACCGUCUCACUCAGUCGGCUCAUUCAUCGACAGCCACAACUGGAGGAAAACAAUGGACCUGCCCAUGUUCUGUCGUGUACUUGUACUUCUCUGCUCCCUGAGUGCUGCCUGGGCAUGUCCAAAAGGAUGCAAAUGUGUUCAAACAAAUGUCCACUGUGCUGCUCUUCCUGACUUCCCAGCAGCUGUGCCAUCAGCCACCACCCAUCUCUACCUGACAGACUGCAGUUUUGACAUUCUGAAACCAGAGGACCUCAUCGAUUUCUCUGCUGCUUUGAGCAACUUUAUGAUUAAAAACACUGUUUUGAGGGAAGUGCGUCCUGGCACGUUCAAUUCCACUCUAAACAUGGGUGCCCUAGCGCUAACUGGCACAAAAGUACAAGAUCUCCCUGAACCCUUAUUUCACAAGUUGCAGAGAUUAGAGACUUUGGUUCUGAAGUUCAACAUGCUUUCGGUGAUCCGACCUCAGUGGUUUUCUCUGCUGACAAACCUGAAGCAGCUAGAUCUCAGUAAGAACUCCAUACCUUCUGUACCCGAGGAAACGUUUCAACCUCUAACAAAGCUGGAGUACCUAUCACUUUCUGGAAACAGUAUCAGUCAGCUAUUUAGUGAGACAUUCAAGGGUCUUAUUGAUCUGAAAACCUUACGGCUUAACAAAAACAUCCUGAAGGAGCUCCCUGCUGGGAGUUUGGAUGACCUUGUAAACCUGGAGGAACUCUCUCUUCAAGACAACUUAAUCUCUCAUCUUCAUCAUGAUUUGUUCUCCAAGAAUCUGAAGCUCCAGAAACUGUUUCUCUCCAGCAACCGUCUGACAUCACUUCCUCAAGGGAUCUUUAUCAAUAUGCCCCUCCUUUCCCAGAUUUCCCUUUAUGAAAACCACUUGGAAAGUCUGGGUCCAGGGAUUUUUGGGCCAAUGCCCCUGCGAGAGUUGUGGUUGUACGACAACAAACUGAGCCGAUUGGAAGAUGACACGUUCAGAAACCUAACUCGGUUACAUCUCCUGGUCCUCAGUCGCAACCAGAUCAGCUACAUAUCCAAAGGUGCUUUCAGAGGGUUGGACCACCUCGGAGAAGUAUCGUUGCACACCAACCUGCUCACAACCCUGCAAGCUGAGACCUUCCAAACGAUGCCCAAUCUGUUCAACAUUUCUUUGGAGCACAACUUCAUCAGCUCGCUUCCUUUGGGUUUCCUCAAGGGCCUGAGCCAUCUGGGGCAGAUAGACCUGCGAAACAAUUCUCUCCCUAACCUACCACAGGAGAGCUUAGAUGCACUCUCUGCUGCACAAGAAGUUCUUCUGCAUCAGAACCCCUGGAGGUGUGACAAAGACAUUUUGCCUCURAGGGACUGGCUGACACAGCACCCAUCAAAGGUCAACCAGACCCUCGUGAUGUGYGAAACUCCUUUUAGUCUGAACGGUAACGUGAUUGCGACACUGUCAGACGAGGACCUGAUGCCAUUUGGUUCUACUAAAGAGCCUGCGUUGACCUCAGCUGAGAAGAAAAGGACACUCGGUACCCUUCCUCCCAAAGAAGGCACAUUGUUACCUGGUGUGAACGUCACACCCACUCUAGAAACUGAGGAGGAGACCAUCAGCGGGAAAAAAGAUGGCAAAGUUAAUACUUCAAUUAUUCUAAUCGCCAUUGCGGUGGUGUCUACCAUUAUAAUCAGCUCUGUUAUCAUCGGCUGCGUGUGCUGGCAGAGGAACAAGAGAGGCACGGCAAAUAUAGGCCAAAGGAAUAAGAACGCCGUGCUGUAGAUAAGCUCUCACACAAUGAGCAACCAGAAACUUUUACAUCUGCAAAAUGACAGCUGUGGUCUAUUUGAAAAAUAACACAAAACACAGAGUUGAUUGCAGAGCCUCAAAGGCACCUUACCAGAACACAUAGGCCACAUAGAAACAAACAACCACUCACACCCUCAUCUAGAGCAGGGGCGGAGCUACAGGGGUGGCCAAAGUCGUGACUAGCAUUUAACAUGAAUUUUGGGGUCAUUCUUAGCUAUGAUCACAAAAGUUCAGCUCAGUAUUUCUUAACAAAGCUGAAUUAAAGCCAUUUGACUGAUAAUAUGUGUCAAAUGAAAGAGGUUCACUGCCAAGGUAAGCCUCUGGCGGCUGGCUUGCAUUUUCAAAUCCAGAGUGCUUUUCUGUAUUUGGAUGUGCCCCUCCUACAAAUAAUGUUAAUAAUAAUAAUAAAAACACCUUGGCCACCCCUGUGUCAGCCCUUUCAAAAAUGUCUAUCUUCUCCUCUGACCUAGAGACAAUUUAGAGUUACCAGUUAACCUAACAUGCAUGUUUUCUUUGUCUGUGGGAGGAGACCAUGAUGCCACUUUCUUGCUGACGCCUCAGUGCCGCAACUUCAAACUCAUUAACUGUAAAAAAAAAUACAUUUCUAUUAUGUGGUCAUCCUGCACCUAUUCUGAAUGUGUGACUGUUUUUGGAUGAAUUUAAGAAAGCUUUGUUGAUUCAGUAUUAUUUGUGGGCUGUUUAAUACUAAUUUUGUGCAAACAACAAUCUAAUUAGAAGGGGCUAUGAWGGCUCAAAUUUUUUGUACAUGUUUAAUUAAAAAAUUUAAUGUGAGCACAAACUAAUGAAUAAAAUGCCUCUGUUUAAAUAAAAGCAUAAGUGUUCUCUACAAUCUCACAUUGUGUUUAAAGUUAUUACAACGACUGUGAUGAAAGUAAAGGUGSAAGACUGGAGUCCUGCCUGAAGAUAAUUAGAUGACGGAUUCAAUGAAAGCUGAGUGUGUGAAAGGCAGAAAGUAACUUAAAAUUGCAGCAAAGUAGAGUAAAGCUCUUGUUUCAUUUUCAAAA